UGGGACUUUUGCGUGUGGAGUGUAACAAUAACAACAAUUCAAUAAAGAAAUCGUAUAUAGAUUUAAGAGAAGCUUAAACACACACACGAAGAAUAUGGAGCGUCCUCAGAAAAUGCCCAAGGUGGCUAAGGUGAAAAACAAAGCGCCGGCAGAGGUGCAAAUCACCGCCGAGCAGCUGCUACGAGAGGCCAAGGAGCGUGAUCUUGAGAUUCUGCCACCGCCACCGAAACAGAAAAUCUCCGAUCCAGCGGAAUUAGCCGAUUAUCAGCAGCGCAAACGCAAAACGUUCGAGGAUAAUUUACGUAAAAAUCGUAUGGUAGUCAGUCAUUGGAUUAAAUAUGCCCAGUGGGAGGAGCAACAGCAAGAGAUCCAGCGUGCCCGUUCCAUCUGGGAGCGAGCCCUGGACAAUGAGCAUCGCAAUAUUACUAUAUGGCUGAAGUAUGCCGAGAUGGAAAUGAAGAACAAGCAAGUGAACCAUGCGCGCAAUCUGUGGGAUAGGGCCGUGACCAUAAUGCCGCGUGUGAAUCAAUUCUGGUACAAAUACACUUACAUGGAGGAAAUGCUAGAGAAUGUGGCCGGGGCAAGACAAGUGUUCGAGCGCUGGAUGGAAUGGCUUCCCGAGGAACAGGCCUGGCAGACAUAUGUAAAUUUUGAACUGCGCUACAAGGAAAUCGAUAGGGCACGUGAGAUCUACGAACGUUUUGUCUACGUGCAUCCGGAUGUGAAGAAUUGGAUUAAGUUUGCCCGCUUUGAAGAAUCCCAUGGCUUUAUACAUGGAUCACGUCGCGUGUACGAAAGAGCUGUAGAGUUCUUUGGAGAUGAUUUCAUAGAGGAGCGGCUGUUCAUAGCUUUUGCCCGUUUCGAGGAGGGACAAAAGGAACACGAUCGUGUGCGAAUCAUUUACAAAUAUGCCCUAGAUCAUUUACCCAAGGAUCGCACUCAGGAACUGUUUAAGGCCUAUACCAUACACGAGAAAAAGUAUGGCGAUCGAGCCGGCAUUGAAGAUGUGAUUGUAUCCAAGCGCAAAUAUCAAUACGAACAGGAGGUAGCCGCCAAUCCCACCAACUAUGAUGCAUGGUUCGAUUACCUGCGCCUAAUCGAAGCCGAAGGCGAUGCAGAUCAAAUUCGGGAGACUUAUGAGCGAGCCAUAGCUAAUGUCCCGCCGGCCAAUGAAAAGAAUUUCUGGCGUCGUUACAUUUACUUAUGGAUCAAUUAUGCCCUUUACGAGGAGCUCGAAGCGGAGGAUCUAGAGCGUACACGUCAAAUCUACAAGACAUGUCUGGAUCUGAUACCCCACAAGCAGUUUACUUUUAGCAAAAUAUGGCUUCUCUAUGCCCAGUUUGAGAUUCGCUCCAAACAGCUGCAGUUGGCUCGUAAAACUCUUGGCAUGGCCAUUGGCAUGUGUCCACGGGACAAGCUCUUUCGGGGCUAUAUUGAUCUGGAGAUUCAAUUGCGAGAGUUUGAACGUUGUCGCCUGCUAUAUGAAAAAUUUCUUGAAUUCGGUCCAGAAAAUUGUGUCACCUGGAUGAAGUUUGCCGAGCUAGAGAAUCUACUAGGCGACACGGAACGGGCACGGGCUAUUUUCGAGCUGGCCGUCCAGCAAUCUCGCUUAGACAUGCCCGAAUUGCUGUGGAAGGCAUAUAUCGACUUUGAGGUAGCCCUGGGUGAGACGGAGCUGGCCCGACAGCUAUACGAACGGCUCUUGGAGCGGACUCAACAUGUCAAGGUGUGGAUGUCAUUUGCCAAAUUUGAGAUGGGCAUCAGCCAUGGGCAAGCGGAUGGAAGCGAUGCUGAUUUGAAUGUGCGACUUGCUCGUCGCAUCUAUGAGAGGGCGAACGAGAUGCUCCGGCAAUUGGGUGACAAGGAGUCGCGUGUUUUGCUGUUGGAAGCUUGGCGUGACUUUGAACGGGAUCAAGCCAAUGAUACGAUAGCCCUGCAGAAGGUUCUAGACAAAAUGCCCCGACGAAUUAAGAAACGACAAAAGAUUGUAUCCGAUGAUGGCGUUGAAGAGGGUUGGGAGGAGAUCUUUGACUACAUAUUCCCCGAGGAUGAGAUGGCCAGGCCGAAUCUGAAACUCCUGGCAGCAGCCAAGAUGUGGAAGAAUGCGAAAGGAAAUACCGAUGAUACUUCAGCGACGACAACAACUACUGAUGAAUCUACGGUGGAACAGAGCUGAUCCCCUGAGUUUGAAAAUUGUUUAACAAAAAAUAAAAAACAACAUGCAUCUCCAUAAUCUAUGUAUAUCUUGUAUUAAAAACCAUUUUUAAAUCAGUUAAA